AUGGCACCCAUCGAAGAAAAUGGCGCAAUCUGGGAAUUUGACCCCAGUGCAAACAAAUGGUCCUUCCUAAGACCAUCCGAGCCAGUCACAACCGCCUUCCCAGCAGCGCGCAGCUACCACUGCACAGCCAAUGAUGGCAAAGACACUGUCUUUGUCCAUGCAGGCUGUCCUGAGAAGGGCCGUCUAUCGGAUUUGUGGGCGUUCAGCGUAUCCCAGAAAAAGUGGGCGGAACUUGCUGCUGCGCCGGAUCCCCCGCGCGGUGGGACGUCGAUCGCGUUCACUGGGGGCAGAUUGUAUCGGAUGAACGGGUUUGAUGGGGAGCGGGAACAGGGCGGUAGAGUGGAUAUAUAUGAGCCUGGAACCAAUCUGUGGGGCUCGCAUUCGUUUAUUCCGGAUGGUGUGACUGGGCCAUCGCCGCGGAGCGUGGCAACCCUCCUUCCAAUUGUUGUUUCGGGUCGUGUGUACUUGGUUACCCUGCUUGGUGAGCAGGAUCCCAGUUCCUUGGGACAUCAGGGUGCUGGGAAGAUGUUGGGUGAUGUGUGGGUAUUUGAUGUUGAAGCCAAGUUAUGGACGAAGGUUGAGCCUCAGGGAGAUGAAUGUCCUGCUCCACGGGGCUGGUAUGAUGGCGAUGUUCUUGAGGAUAGCAGUGUUGUAGUUCAUGGAGGACUGGGGGAAUCGAAUAAUCGGUUGGGUGACGUUUGGACUUUGGAGUUUUUCUAA